AUGAACUCCUUUUUCAAAGCUAGGAAAAACCGCAAAUGGACCUGGGUAUCUCCAUGUGGGAACACAAGCAACGAAAUUUGUUUUAUACUAUCAAACCACCCCACGAGAAUUAGAAACGUUGAAGUAUUACAUGGCUUUGGAUUCGCAUUAGAUCACCGCUUAGUCAGAGCUACAUACAUGCUAGACCAAGGGAAAAGGAGUAGAACAGCAUUCAAAGCGAAACCAAAGACACUGAAAAUGGAAGAAGAUAUAUCGUCAUACUUGGAAUAUUCACCAACUAGAAACAGAACAAGGAGAGGACACAUAAACCUUCUACAAUAA